AUGCACUUCCACUCCUUCAUCACUCUCAGCCUCAUGAGCACUACCUACGCCCUGAGUAUUCCUGGUAACGGAGCCCGUGACAUGCCCAUCGUGGGGCUCAGCUCCGUCAUCGCCCCCGCCUCCGGGGCUUACAAGGCCCCCCGUGCCUACAGCCACGCAAGCGCUUCGGUGACCCCCACCGCAACCUCCUCCAUCAUACCCUCAUCGACUCCCCUCGCCUCUGUGCCCUCUGAAGUCCCGGUCGCUACAGAGCCCCCCGCUGUCCGUGCGGCGAUCAGAAACUACCACACCGACUACAUUAGAUGGGAGGCUGCUACCGGCGAGGCGAAAGAACAGCUUCGUGCUAGGGUUCAGCAUGAUGUUAUGGCUAUCCGCAAUAUCAAGGCUGCUAUUCAGCGCCAGCCCAGUGCUGGUGGAAGCGUGAGCGCUAGUGCCAGUGCUACCGUGACUCCCAGACGCCGUUAA